GAAAAUUUAUAUCGCUCAAUCAAAUUAAUCGUUGGGGGAGAAAUGGGAGAGUCUUCAGAGAAGGCGAAGUCAGAAGCAGUGAAGAUAAUCGAAUCAUUCGAAGUUGUUCCAAAACUCGUUGUUUUCGAUCUCGAUUACACUCUCUGGCCUUUCUACUGCGAGUGUCGAUCGAAGCGCGAAUCUCCUUCUCUCUAUCCUCACGCCAUGGGAAUCUUGUUGGCUCUUAAACACAAAGGAAUCGAUAUUGCAAUCGCUUCUCGAUCUCCAACUGCAGAUAUUGCGAAAGCUUUUAUUAAUAAACUGGGAAUCACUUCGUUCUUUGUGGCUCAGGAAAUAUAUUCGAGUUGGACUCAUAAAACGGAUCAUUUCCAGAAAAUUCAUUCUGCUACCGGAGUUCCAUUUAGCUCUAUGCUCUUUUUUGAUGAUGAGAAUAGGAACAUCCAAACGGUCUCUAAAAUGGGAGUGACUAGCAUUUUGGUUGAUAAUGGGGUAAAUCUUGGAGCCUUAUCUCAAGGUCUUACACAGUUUUCUCGAAACUGGAAUACAUCACAGAAGAACAAGCAGAAAUGGCUAUCCGAUUAUUCUAAGAAGCCAGAUACUUCCAACCCUGCCCCAUCAAAUUCAGCGUCCAAGUAAAAAAAUUCUUUGGAUUUUAUUCAAAAUCUAAUUCAUUGAUGAAUUUGAAUAUAUGUUGUAUAAUUGUCAUGAAAGUCCUACUUGAAUUGUAGUCUCAUUCAAAUUACUGACGGCCAAACAUGUUACCUCUGUCGUGUAUAAUUAUUAAUUGUGCACGUGUCUCAUCUUAAUUCACCUUGAUAUUCAUGUAUGAAGAGCCCUGUUUUCUAUAAUCAUACUAGUUUAUAGCUUUUCUUUUC